AUGGCAACCAUGGCCGGUGGGAUUCAUGAAGUUAAAGGGUUUCAGAACAAUGUGGAGAUCGAUGAACUCGCCCAUUUUGUCAUCAAUGAACACAAGAAGAAACAAAAUAAGGUGGUUGUGUUUGAAAAGGUGGUGAAUGCAAAGGAACAUGUGGUUGCUGGUACUAUCUACUAUAUCACUCUGGAGGUGGGUGAGGAUUGUAAGAAGAAGAUCUAUGAAGCCAAAGUCUGGGAGAAGCCAUGGAUGAACUUCAAGGAGGUGCUAGAGUUCAAGUCAGUUGGUGUUAAGCAAGAUUGA